AUGAUUUUAUGCUUUCCUAAUUUUUAUCUGGAACCAGUUGAUGAUGAAAUCCACUUCAGACCGUAUUGGAAAAAAACUGUCAAUUGUUGGUUUUGUAAUGAGAAUGUUCGCGUUCCUUAUCAAAAGUAUCAGGCUUUUGUUUGUCCGAGUUGUGAACAGUAUAAUGGAUUCAAGGAGGAUGGUGAUUAUGAUCGAUUUAUUCCUGAGCAAAAAUAUGAAUUUCUAAACCCGAAACCGAACAAUAAGGCGAGUAAAACUCAGGAAUCAAUGACAAAGAAUGGUUUAUGUCAACGGUGCAACAUUCGGCAAGCAAGUAUCCAAUCGCAAAUUAAUAAAUUCGAGCCCGAAAAUGAGUUAAAUUUCGACGAUGAAUUUGAAGUUUAUAAAAAACGUCUACAUAAAAACUAUCCUCUUUGUAUGGAAUGUGAGCACGUGGUUCAGAAAAAAUUCAAACUUGACGAGUUCGAAAAAGUUGCCAAACAUGGCUGUAAUCGUAUGCGUCGUCAUCGUGCUUCAUUAUUCAAUUGUGGUCCUGUUUCAAAUUGCCUAAAUUUAGUCACUUUUUCUACAUCUUGUUGUCUCUGCAUUAUUUAUUUACUGCAGUUGCAAAGUGACGUUCAUAAUGACUUGUUCGAAUGGAUUCUGUGGUUUCCCUGCCAUAUGUUGUCUUCAAGGAUACAUUUUUUGGUGUUUUAUAAUUCAAAAUUGAUUCUUCUUGGUUUAAUUUCACACGCUACCUCAGUGAGUUUAAUGCAUACUAGACGCUCUCUGCCUGAUAUUGUCGCAUUUUGCAUUUGGUGUUUAUUGUUAUUGUGGAAUAUUAGAAAAGGAGAAAAACAGGAUUUGUUUUCACAGCUAAGCCUUUCAUCUGUAUUAUGUCUAGUUUCGUUUGCUGUUGCAUUUUUGCCUCGGAAACUGUUGCAUCGAAAACGAUCGAACAAUAUUAUUAAAAGUGCAUUUUCGAUAGCUAGUACUCCAUUAUCGCAGUGUAGUACCAUUUCUACCAAUACAUCCAGUGGAAAUCAGUCUUUGUCGAAAAGUAUACUAGAUAAAAGUACGUCGUCCAAAACGUCAACUCCAACAAGAGAACUGGGAAAACUCUUUGAUUCACUGUCUCUUGGAGCUGAUUUUACACCUUCUUUAUCAACCUCGUCCGUGCAGCGGAGACGAGGUCCGUUUGAUUCUAUGAAGAAGCCGGUGCUAGCAGAACCACGCUUGCGGAUUCCAAGUGUAGGCGAUAGAAUUUUUUUAGGUCGUGAACUUUGUUCCUCGCGUUAUGUGAACUCAUUCUCUCCAUCAACAUGUACUUCAGCAGGUGUAACAGAUGGAUUAAGGAAAUUCACAGUUUUCAGUGUUCUUUGUGUCGUGGGAACACUUUUUAGUGUAUCUUUAAAUGCUGUUAUGUUUUAUAAAUUGUUUUACCAUUCUCGAUCAUAA